CGUGCACUCGUGGCCUGGGCCCUGAGACACGCUUCCCUCGGACUUGAUCUGAUUUGUGACCUCAAGAAUCUUCUAGAUGACUUCCCACAGACAGAGCAAUGGCACCUUUGGUGGAAUUUUGCCUUCUACCUUCUCCAGUCGGUAUUUGUCCAUCAUGAACCAGCUUCCGGAGGAGUUCAACAGCAUCCUCUCUGAAAUGAUGGUUCACCUAGACAACAUCUUCAGCCUGGCAGAAAACUUCUUCCAGGUGGUAGAGCUCUUCAGCAGGACCCCAGACAUCCUGGAGAGGAACAAGACCACCCAGAACUCAGCUAAGGAAGAAGACAAGCAGGUCCCAGAGCCUACAGCCCCCCAGCACCCCAAGUUCAAAACCACCCCAGGGCCUCAGCUGCCCACCAGACGUCGGCUCCUCUCGGAGACUGGUGAGCCCCCGGAUCCACAGCCCGUGUGGGACAAGGAGCCCCAGUUCUGGCAAGGCUUCCUGAUCCAGGAACUCUGCAGAGUGUUCGUGGAGAGCCGCCAAAAGAACCAACAGGAACAGGGGGAUGAAGAUUCCUCACAGGAAAGCAAAGAUUCAGGUGUGUGUGACUCUAAACCGGAACCUCAGCCCAGGCACAGAAACAGCCUGAGUGACUCUGCUGACCCCUUCCUGAUCAAGUCUCCCUCAGAUGAUCUAGAUUAUUACCAAGACAUCAGUCAGCCCCAAUCAGAGACCCAGGAACCUUCUGGAAGAGCUGAUGAGUUUCUGAAGCCCUUGUCCUGGGACUCUGAAGUCUUAGAGAGCAGCUGGAAUCGGCCUGGUACAUCACUCUGGCAAUUGGAGAAGUUCACUGUCCCCCAAACACUGCAAAAGGUGCGCGUGCUGAAGCACCAGGAGCUGCUAUUGGUGAUAGCCGUGAGCUCCUUCUCACGGCACGUCUUCACCUGCAGCCACGGCGGCAUCAAGGUGUGGAACCUCAUGAGCCAGGUGGCUGAGGACAGACACCCUGAAAGCCACUUGCAGUACAACAUCCAGGAUGACAGGGCGUACCUGCGCACCUGCCUGCUGUCCUCCAACAGCAGGACCCUGUUCGCGGGUGGAUGCAACUUACCUGGCGUGAUCGUGUGGGACCUGGCAGCCCCAUCCCUGUAUGAGAAGUGCCAGCUGCCCUGCGAGGGCCUGGCCUGCCAGACGCUGGCCAGCACAAAGGAAAACAUGACCCUUGCCGGCUUCGCAGAUGGCACGGUCAGGAUAUGGGACCUACGGACUCAGGAAAUAGUCAGGAACCUCAAAGGCCCUACCAGUUCGGCCAAGAACCUUGUGGUCAAAGAUGACAGUGUCUGGACAGGGGGUCUGGACUCCUGCCUGCGAUGCUGGGACCUGCGGAUGGCCAAGGUGUCACUGGAGUAUCCGUUCCAGUCGCAGAUCAUGAGCCUGGCUCACAGUCCAACCGAAGACUGGCUGCUGCUGGGCCUGGCCGGUGGCCAGCAAUGCCUGUUCAACAGCAGCAAGAGGAACCAAGUGCUCACUGUGGACACCAGGGACAAUACCAUCUUAGACCUCAAGUUCUCCCCAAAUGGCCAGUGGUGGGCGAGUGUCGGUAUGGACAACUUCAUCACGGUCCACAGCAUGCCCAUGGGAGCAAAACUGUUCCAGGUCCCCGAGGCUACCACCAUCAGAUGCUUCGACAUGACCGAGAACGGCAGGCUCAUGGUCACAGGAUCCGGGGACUGUGCCUCGGUGUACCACAUCAAGUACUGACAACUUCAGCUCCCCUCCCUAACUGCACAGUGGUGGAUGGCAAUGGGUGUGAUGGGUCUGCGGUGCUUCUGGAGAGGCCCACGGCGUGUGCAGACCCCGAGUCGCAUGUAAUAAAACGAUUGAAACGGCA